UUCAUGCUUCAAAAAAAAUAAAUCAACUUAUUCAUUCUUUCUCUCUCUCUUCUACUUGACACUCUCUGAUUGAAACACCCUCAAAUUCUAAACCCUAGCUAAAUAAGCUAAUUAAGUCGGUGUAAUCUCCAUCCUUAACACUUUUCCGCUCGUUAUUCUUCUUUUAUCAGGCAAGUUUGAAUUGGAUACAAGUUCAUUUGGAGUUUGUUUUUUUUCUUCUUUCUAUAAUGGCCAAAGCUGAAUUAGCAUUUACAAAUAAUGCUGCACACAAGCUACAACUUGCACUUCUUGAGGGUAUACAAGAUGAAAACAAGCUGUUUGCAGCUGGGUCUUUGAUUUGUAAAAGGGAUUAUGAAGAUGUGGUGACUGAAAGGUCGAUUUCUAAUCUAUGUGGUUAUCCUCUUUGUAUUAAUUCCUUGCCAUUACAGCGGCCUAGGAAAGGACGGUAUCGUAUUUCUUUGAAAGACCAUAAGGUUUAUGACCUUCAAGAGACUUACAUGUAUUGUUCUUCUCAGUGUGUUGUUAAUAGUUUAGCUUUUGGGGGUAGUUUGCAAGAUGAUAGAUGCCCAGUGGUCAAUUCGUCAAAGGUUGAUGAGGUUCUCAAGUUAUUUGAGGAGGGUUUGAGUUUGGAAGAAGAGGGUUUGGGGAAGAAGAAGAAGGGUGAUUUGGGAUUAUCCGAGUUAAGGAUUCAGGAAAAAAUGGAUGCCAAGGUUGGGGAAGGGGAUUGGAUCACUGGUCCAUCAAAUGCAAUUGAAGGGUAUGUUCCUAAACAGUCUUCUGCUAUUAAACGGAGUUCGAAAACAAUGUCAGGGGAAUCAAAAGUAAAAUUGAACAAUUCAGACCUGAAAAGUCAGGUUGAAAUUCCUGAAGUAUCUUACUCUGCAUCCAAAUGUGGUUCAGAUAUAAAUGUUACUGAUUUAGAAGAAGAGCUGUGUGCUGGAAUAGAUGUCCUGUUACAGGAAACCACAUUGAAAUCCUCCUUGAAGUCUUCAGGUUCAAACAAAUUGACCCACAGUGUUACAUGGGCUGAUGAAAAAGAAACUGAUAAUGGUAAUGAGAGCCAUGGAAAUCUUUGUCAUGUUCAAGAGAUGGGUGACUCACAAGGUAGUGCUGAAAGCUCAGGUAGUCAGAUUGGGGAGGAUAUGGACAGUUCUGUACGUUUAGCAUCAGCGGAGGCAUGUGCAAAGGCUUUGAAACAAGCAGCUGAAGUUGUGGCUUGUGGUGAAUCUGAUGCCAGUCAUGCUGUAUCUGAAGCUGGGAUCAUUAUCUUGCCACAACACAUGAAUGGAGGAAACACCGAGAUGGUUGAGAAUGCCCUCGAACCAGAAACAGUGCCUCUAAAAUGGCCCACAAAGCCUGGUGUUUUCAAUUUUGAGGUGUUUGAUUCUGAAAAUUCAUGGUUUGAACCGCCACCUGAGGGCUUUAGCUUAAGUUUACCGCCAUUUGCCACGAUGUACAUGGCAGUUUUUGGAUGGGUAACAUCAUCUUCUCUGGCUUAUGUAUAUGGGCGCGAAGAAGAUUCUCAAGAAGAGUUUUUAUCUGUUAAUGGGAGAUCGUAUCCUUACAAAAUUGUCUUGAGUGAUGGGCGCUCUUCUGAAAUUAAGCAGACUCUGUCUGGUUGUCUUGCCCGAGCAUUGCCAGGACUUGUUAUGGAUUUAAGGCUGCCGACUCCAGUAUCUUUCCUGGAGCAAGGAAUGUCCCGCUUGAUAGAGACUAUGUCGUUCGUCGAUGCGCUUCCAUCGUUCAGAAUGAAACAGUGGCAUGUGAUUGUUCUUUUAUUUAUGGAUGCUCUCUCGGUGUGUCAAAUUCCAGGACUCUCAUCACACAUGACAGGCACGAGGAUGUUAACACACAAGGUUCUGGAUGGUGCCCAGAUAAGCAGCGAAGAGUACGAGCUUUUGAAGGAUCAUAUUAUUCCACUUGGCAGGCUACCCCAAUUCUCUACACAGAGUGGAGGUUGAUACAAUUAAAUUGAGUUUUUUUUAGCACUUAUGAGUUUUUUAAGGAUACGAUUCAGACAUUCCAAAGAAUCUUUUGAUAGAAAUUUUAAGAUUCAGAAAUGUAUUUGUCAAUGUUGCAUCAUGUGAGGUUUACUUGCCAGAAAUGCAUCCAAAGUUGCAUAGAAUUCUCUUCUUGGAUGAUGAUAUUGUUGUUCAGAGGGAUUUAACUGGGCAGUGGGAUAUGGAUAUGGAUGGUAAAGUGAAUGAUGCAGUAGAGACAUGUUUUGGGUUGUUUCAUCGUUAUGCAGUGUAAGAAUUUCUCUCAUCCUUGGAUUAAGGAGCCUUUUAGUCCAAAGGCUUGUGCAUGGGCUUAUGGGAUGAAUUUCUUUGACCUUGAUGCUUGGAGGAAGGAGAAGUGUACUGAACAGUACCAUUGCUGGGAGACUCUGAGUGAAAAUUGAACCUUGUGAAAAUUGGGAACUUUACCUCCUGGCUUGAUCACAUGUUACUCCACAACAAAGCCGUUGGACAAAUCUUGGCAUGUUCUUGGGCUUGGUCAUAAUCCAAGCAUAAGCAUGGACGAGAUUCGAAAUGCUUCUGUUGUUGACUUCAACGGAAACAUGAAACCAUGGCUAGAUAUUGCAAUCCCCCAGUUCCGGCCACUUUGGACAAAGUAUGUCGACUGCGAAAUGGAAUUCGUCCAACAAUGCAAUUUUGGUGUAUAGAGUUGGGGUAAUUGUUUAUAAGUUGAAGCCUCUAUUUUGACAACCAGAAAGAGCCUUUCCCUUGUUUGUUUUUUAAGCACGGCAUACUGCUUUUAUGUAAGAACUUUAGGUAAUUCUCUUCAAAAUUUGAUGAAUAUCAGCAGCAGAUCAAAUUUUAACAAAUCUCAUUUUUUUCUUUUGAA